GGAUAAUCGGUACACGCAAUGUAACGUGGUUGUACUGUAUUCUCCCGCGAAACAUCAUCGAUGCUAAAAAUUCUAGGCGUUCGCGGACUUAGCAAUGUAUCCAUCGAUAUUCCGUUGGCCGUAGCAGCUGGCACCACCGUCAAUAUGAGCUGCAGAUACGAUCUGGACUCGGACACUUUGUACACGGUGAAAUGGUACAAGGGUCCUGAAUUUUUUCGAUACGUCCCGAAAGAGAUGCCGCCGAUCGCUGUUUUCGGGGAAUUGGGUGCCAAAGUUGAUACAAAUCGGAGCGACGCCCACCGUGUAGUUUUAAAGGAUGUACAACCAAAUCACACCGGCAAAUACCGUUGCGAGGUUUCCGGUGAUUCGCCAUCGUUUAAUACCGUAGUCGUUUUUGGUUACAUGCACGUGGCAAGUCUUCCAAACGGCGAGCCAGAAGUUAAAGUCGAGAAGCAACGUUACGCUGUUGGCGACACAGUUCGCGGGAACUGUACUGUUCCUUCGGGAAACCCACCGGCGAAUGUGUCGUGGACUGUCAAUGGAGUGAAGGUGAACGCCAGUUUUACUAUGAAUCUGACGGACAAAAUCGGUGACAAUCAGCAGCUAAUGACUAUCGCAGGGCUUGAAUUCGAAAUUAUACCAGAUAGUUUUGGUAACGGCAGAUUACACGUUAUUUGUCACGCCAAUGUCUUUCAUUUGUAUAAAAAGGAAGCUUACGUUCACUUAAUGGAGGAACGCCCACGUUUGGCAUCUGUUUUAGGAACUCGAGAAUCAUCCCACAUUGGUAGCGCAACGAAACAUAUUGCUGGUUGGUCCUACUUUAACAUUGCAGUCACGUUGUUACUGUGCAAUCUGAGAUAACACCAAUGAACAGCGAAUUCCGAGUUUUGUGGAUGUGACUGUACACCGAAGAUGGGAAAAUUGUUUGUAAAAUUUUGAAAUUAUGAAGUGCGACGAUGGAAGGAAGCAGGAACAUCUUUCGUUAACAUAAAUAUCCACCAUAUGUUAUUCGUGUAAAUAGGAUAAAAAUUUAGCGAAUUAUCCACGUGUAAUUGCGACCCACGCAGUCUCGUUGCAGCGAGAUGAAUUUAUAAUCUGAAUAAUAUGCCAUAAUAUUACAUAUUAGAUUGGGAAUAUGUCGCGGCAGAUAUUCGGGAGAUUAUUUCAACGAUAUUAAACCGUGUUUUCUAUCCUCCGAGAAUGAUUUUGAUACCUCUUCUGUAACAUUAUAGCUACCGGAAUGUAUAUCUUAUAACAUUUCUAGGUAAAACAGCUGUUAUUAUUUGGGAAUGAAACUUUGAGUAAAAGAAUAAAUA